GCUCGUUUGACAUGUAUUGAUUCCCGACUUGGGCACCUUUGUACUCAUUCCUGAAGUUAAUAAGAUUACCGAAUUGUCCCUUUUAAUUUUAAUUGAUUAUUCACGUUCAACACCCUAAAAUAUAGAAUUAAAACAGCUUUUGUGACAAUAAGCUUACAGUUCCCAUAGCUGAUAGCAGAAUUCGAGUUGCAGAGACAAUGUGGCCGGAGAUGCUGUGCAAAUGCCAAAUUACCCAAUUUGAGUUAGCGACUCAAUUUCUCCCGCUCUUCCAAAGCUAAUCGAUUCAUGAUUUGUCCUGGAAUGGACACCAAGUCUUCAUCAAAGUUUAGUUCUUUUUCUGAGAAGAAACUAGCAACAACAGAGUUGCGGAAUGGUAGUUACACCGAUCCUAGAGGGAGGCGCAAGUCCAAGCGGUUUAAGCUUGAAGCAGCAGUGAGUGAGUAUACAACUGAUUGUGGAACAAGUUCCUUGAGGCUCAGAUCAAGAACAGUGCUAAAGAAAGUUCCAACUGAGAAUUGCAAGAACAUGAAUCUUGCUGGCGACGACUGUGUUCCGUCUUCUGAAGCUAGGGUUGAGUUGAUUCCUGGAGAAAACGUUGGAGAGCGACAUCACUUGAAAUCCGUUGAUGAAAAGCCUGUGAGCAAUUGCUUGCGGGAUGAAGAUGAAAAAUUUGUUUUUGCAUCAAAAGACGAGGUGGUAGGGUCUGUUUGCAGGCGAAGCAUCGUUGGGACAAAGCAGCUUCGGGGAAGGAAGAUUAGUAUAGUAAGAGACAUCCCUCCCAAUACAGAGAGCAAGUUUUCAGAGAAUGGAAAGACCAUGAAGGAUGCUGUAUCGAUGGAAGACAAAAACUUGGUUCUGGAGAAGAAUGAUUCUGGAGACCAUUUGGGUCAAUCUCUUGCUAAAAAGAGCAUAUCACCAGAUAUUUUUGAGCCAUUGGAACUUGAGAAGUCAAAGGUUACAGUUUCAAAACCAAAUGUGGAUGCAAGCAGAAGAGUUUCUAGGAGCAGCGUUGUAAAGCCUUCACCCUUGAAGCUUUCCAAGAAGAUGAAUGGAGAUUACGGUUGUGGGCUUCCUCCUUCUCGUCCUAGUGAUACAAGCAGCGGUGAUAGUGCUAGGCACAAAGUUAAGGAAACUCUACGUCUUUUUAAUGGACUUUGUAGAAAGAUUCUGCAGGAGGAAGAAGCAAGGCCUAGGGAAAGAAACGGUAGCAAGUUCAGAGUGGAUUUCGAGGCUUCAAAGAAACUUAAGAGUGAAGGGAAAUAUUUUAACAAUGGUACUCACAUUAUGGGACCUGUCCCUGGUGUUGAGGUUGGCGAUGAAUUUCAAUACAGAAUGGAGCUGAACAUUCUUGGUAUACAUAGACCAACUCAAGGCGGUAUCGAUUUUAUGAAAGACGACCACGAGGAACUAGUUGCCACGAGUAUUGUAGCCUCUGGAGGUUAUGAUGACGAGCUUGAUAAAUCAGAUGUCUUGAUCUACACGGGUCAAGGUGGAAAUGUGAUUAAAAGGGGGAAGAAAAACAAUCAACCCAAAGACCAACAGCUUGUAAAAGGAAACCUCGCAUUGGCAAACAGUAAAGACAAAAAGAACCCUGUGCGGGUCGUAAGAGGCAACCAAAAGACAGCCUUAGAAUCAUCAGAUGUUGCAAGAAACUAUGUUUACGAUGGGUUAUAUGUAGUGGAAGAGUUCUGGAAAGAAACCGGUUCUCAUGGUAAGCUCAUCUUCAAGUUCAAACUGCGACGUAUUCCUGGACAACCAGAGCUAUCCUGGAGAGUGCUGAAGAAGACAAAGACAUCUAGAGUCCGGGACGGUCUUUGCUGUGAUGAUAUCUCAAAAGGUAAAGAGAGAUUACCCAUUUGCGCUGUGAACGAUGUAGAUGACGAGAAACCACCUCCGUUUAUCUACACGGUGAAAAUGAUAUAUCCGGAUUGGUGCCGGCCAAUUCCUCCAAAGGGUUGCGGUUGCCAAAAACGCUGCACCGAGUCAAGAAAAUGUGCAUGCGUUUCAAGAAACGGGGGAGAGUUACCGUACAAUUACGAUGGAGGCAUUGUUAAUGCAAAGCCACUGGUCUAUGAGUGUGGCCCACUCUGCAAAUGCCCUCCUGAUUGCUACCUCCGAGUCACACAAAGCGGGAUCAGAUUCCAGCUUGAGAUCUUCAAAACCGAGUCAAGAGGCUGGGGAGUGAGAUCUUUAGACUCGAUUCCUAUCGGAAGCUUCAUCUGUGAGUAUGCAGGAGAGCUUCUACAGGAAAAAGAAGCUGAAAGACUUUCAGGGAAAGACGAGUAUCUCUUUGACAUCGGCAAGGACCAUGAGAUGACCGGGUUCACCAUAGACGCUGCACGGAAAGGGAACAUAGGGAGGUUUAUAAACCAUAGCUGCUCGCCGAAUCUGUACGCACAGGACGUGUUGUACGACCAUGAGGAUACGAGAAUCCCUCACGUGAUGUUAUUUGCAAUGGACAAUAUACCUCCACUUGAAGAACUCUCGUACCAUUACAACUAUAAGCUCGAUCAGGUACGGGAUCUUAAUGGUAAUAUCAGGAAGAAAAAUUGCUAUUGUGGCUCCUCCGAGUGCACUGGUAGGCUCUACUGAUAAGCUGAUGUUGCCUGUUGUAUUCUUCUUCUUCUUCUUUCAUUCGAUUUUCAGUGAAUUAGUAAUAGCCAGCACAAGAAGACAGUACAAAGUGUGACACUAGGUGUUAGUCUUUCUCCUAUGGUCAGUUGGUGCGGUGUAGUUUAGCUGCAUUGUUCAACUCUUGUUGUAAUUUUCCCUGAAACUCACCAUGCGCCAAGUCUUUCAUAGUUAUUUUUUACA